UCUUUGUUUAACACGGCCUGCCCAGUUUCUCUCUCCCUGCCCAAUGUUUAUUAAUACACCUAAACAGAUUUGAGGUAGUCAUGGCCACACAGUACACUGACAGAGAGAGAAAGGGAGGCUGGCUUCACUGACGUUACCCCCCUUCUUCUCCCAGUUCCCCUGCACUCGCUGCUCCUGCUCAUUUUUUUUUUUUUGCUGCUCACUUUGUUCACUCUGUUGUUCGAGUCACGAACUCCUUUCCAGACAAAUUCAUCCAGAGGAUAUACGGCACAAGGACAGAGGAAACGGACACACGCACACUGGAAGGAUGAGACAGUUGUGAAGACUAUUUACAUCAAACAAAGCUACAAGAAUUACCUGAAAACCAAUGGAGGUAAUGGACGACAACGCCUCCUCUGCUGGAUUUGAACCGCUCCUCAUCACUGAAGAGGGUGGGGAGCCGGAUACAACUCUUGCAGUCCAGAGAGAGAACAACACGACACAAUCAGGCCUCAGCCUCGCGGCAACACAGCUGCAUCAGUCAGCUUUGAUUCGGCCAUAUUUACAAGAGAUGGACGUCCUGCUGAAAAGCUGCGAGGAACUUACCGGUAUUUCUUUUGGCUCACGCUACUCAAAAGAUUUCUCAGGCACACAUGACUCAAGUCACAGUCAAAGCGAAGGGGAAGUUGCAAUGGAGAGUGCAUCUCCCCAAGCAUAUCUUUCCACAAACUACAUAGACACACACAUGGAUGGGGCCGGGACGGAAGAGCAGCCAGGACAAGGGCAGCUGCAAGGCAUGGACCCUAUCACAAGCAGGUGUGGACUGAGCACAGGAGUUUGUUGCCAGACAGAAAUGCCUGUAAGUUCAGCGGGCAACAAACUGAGUGAGGCUAUGGUGGAGUAUGAGGGUCAGCUGCUGGGAAUGUUGUCCAUGCUGGAGAGCUGUGCGGAAGAGGCCGGGAUGGACUUUGAACCACAGGGAUGGACGACAGAUGACAGUCAAGAGUAUGUACACAUUAGCAAGGGUACAACAAUGGUGCCCAUUCAGCAAGUGGCACCAGUUAAGUUAGAGGACCAGCCAAUGUGUUUGGAAACCUGGGCUGCUCAACGUGCAGAGGGAGUUUCCAGGGACAACAGCGGUGGUUCACUGGGUUCAGCAGCAACGACAAGCCGGAAGAAUAAUUUGCUUUGCUGUGACAACAUGGUUGGCGUCUCAAUGGAAGGACUGGAAAAGUCAGGGAAAACAGACCAGGCAGUUCCUGAUCCACUGUCUGUGUUGCCAGGGCCAUUAGGUAGCAAUGAAAAUGAAAUACUGUACUGCGAAGGAACAGAGAUGAGACACAUGUACGACACAGAAACAAAAAGAGACAUACGGGGGACUGAAGAAGAAGAUACUGAAAUGGCAGCUGAAGAGACACCAGAGCUCAAAAUGGGCACCAUUGAUCUGAGAUCUGGUUUGAACGAAUUAAAAGAGUUGGGUUCUCAAAUGGACGAGCGUAUUCAGGAAGUCCAGUGCUUAGAGAAGAGGAGGAAGGACCUGCUGGCAGAGGUGCUGAAGCUUCGAGGGAAUGAUACCCAAACCGUAACCGAGGGGAGCAAUAAGGAGGAUCAAUCCACGGAGGAGCACAUUGACAGCAAAGUAGAAGAGCUAAUGAAAAUAUUCAAGCGAGAAGAAGAGGAGAGAAGGGAGGAGAGGAAGAAGGAGAUCCAGAGCCUCAGCGAGGAGAGAGCAGAUGAGGAGAGGAGAAUGUGGAAGGUGAACCUGGAGAGAAUGGGGCUGCAAGAGGAGCUCAGGAAGCUGAAAAGGAGGCUCUUCACCAUGGUCAGAGAGUGCACUCACAGCCAGUCCUCCCUGAACAACCAGCGCCGUGAGGUGGAGCUGCUCAAGAGAGAAGAGGAGAAGCUACAGUCUCUAGUGCUCCAGCUGACAGAAGAGAGGAGUCAGCUGAAGUUAGCCCAAGAACAGCAGCUCAUAGAAUUACAGGCACAGCUUCAAGCCCAGACCAGUCAGACGUCCAACAGCCAGGAAGAGCUGACUGAGUACAGAAGACAGUCCUGUGGGGACAUCCAGCAAUAUCUGCAGGGUGCACUAAAAGCUCUGGAGAACAGGUAUGAACCCAUUCUGGUGGCAUUGGUGAAGAGGAGAGACACCACAGCCGGAGCCCUGGUGAAAGCCAAAGAGCAGGCCCAGGAGCUGAGGGCACAGCUGAGACCACUUCAGGACGAGAUCCAGAAGCUGAACCUCCAGAGAGCUUGUUUGGAGGAGAAACUCAAACUUAUCUGCUUACAUCGCAGAGAGGAUGUGGGCCAGUACAAGGAGACGGUGCACUGUCUGGAGGAGAGCAGCAGAGAACUGAAGACUGAGUUAAUCAUUCAGAAAAAGAAAACUAAAGAGCUAGAAGAGUUAAAAGACAGUCUUACCAAACAACUCCUCAUUUACAGGGCUGCCAUCAACAACCAUAAUGAGUGUGUCGGUGAGACAAAAACGUGAUUUAACAAAUUAAUAUUUUUCCUUUAUUUUUUAAAUCUGCAACAUAAAUGCCCAGUUUCAUUUAAUGCACUUUACACACUUAUUGUUUUGCCGUAAACACAAAAUGGGACCGACAGUCUCGUAGAAAGGUUUUUCUUAUGAAUAAAGGCUUCUUGUACUCUAAA